AUGAGCGAAAAGGUCAUACAAGGCAGCUCUGGGCCCCCAAGCGCCUCUGGCAAGGAUGAACAGCAGCGCGCUCCGCUGGUAGGGUCCCGGUCUGGAACAGCCGAGCCAGCGCUGGAUGUCCGUCGACGGACGAGAGAAAGGGGAAAAUGUGCAAUCUGCUGCAUUUGGACAUUCAGCGCAUUGGGUCUGGCCGCACUGUGCGGGAUCGGGUAUGGUCUGUACUGGGCUAGAGCUCAGGUACAGCAGCCUCAUCGGUCCCUGUACGUCAAGCUGGGAGAUAUUCUUCCCGGACCAAGGCCCGAAAGUUCCAAGGGGAACGAUCCGGCCAAGAUGCAAAAGUUUAUGUUUGGAACGAAGGAAGAACAAGAAGCUUUGAAGCAGGAAAAUCUUGGCAAGGAUUUGGACAAGACUUGGGAGGAUGAUGUGGUGCGACCUCUUUUCGACGCCAAGACUAAAUUUGAUGUGCACGCUACGCUAUGGCUCAAGUGGGCAGAAGAGGACAACAUGCUCGUCAAUGAUGAGCAGAGCCAAUCGAGAAUGUCACGGCGAGACAAGGUCAAGCAGCCGAAAGCGGGUGAACAGGCUACGAUCGAGUACAGCGACUUCAGAAGCGAUCGACUUGAGUAUUUGCAGCCCAUUUGGAGCGGUGUUGUUGCGCAAAACCUCACUUUGGGUUCGACCAGAAAAUCUGCUGAUGCCGAGAUCGACGUCGACCUCAACGCCUGGCCAUUGCUUAAGUGAGUUUUUCUUUUUUCUUUUUUUUUGGCCCCGGCACAGCGCGCUGUGGGUGUGAGGCUCUGACACGCGCUUUCCUUCGCAGCGCGGAGACAGUCAAGGCAUCCACGCUGUCUUUUACUUCGGUCAUGGUUCCGUCUGAUCGUGAUGCUGCAAAUGUGCCGUGGUCUGGUCUGACAUUCGCAAACCUGACAUCCGCCGAUGGCCUCUUCACUGGUGACAGUGUCUGGGAGGAGAGAGCUCGUUCCAGAGCUUGGAAGCGCCCUGGCACGCCUACCAGUGCGAAUCUACUGCCUAAGCGGCUGUGUCAGCCGACAAUGGUUGAGAGCGCGCUGCGAAAAGGCUCUGUACAAGCUGAAAGCAAAACAAAGGACAAGAGACUGGUGGGCUGGAAUUGUCACCUUUGGAAACACUCGCGUCAAGCCAAUUCGACUUUGGGCACAUCCAAGCGUGCUCCCCUUACCCUCACAGAAGCUCUUCUCAUGACCGGGAGCUCACCUAAGCCUUUGAUAUCUGUGUAUGAGCGAAUCGAAGAUGGAGGAGCUGCGAGCCCUCAGGACUCUGAGGCCAAGCUGCGAGACCUGAUGGAGGCUGAGGCCAAGGUGAGCGACCUGAUCAGCAAUUUUGGUCUGGACCACGAUGACACGGUCAGCGGGGCUGAGGCCGAUCGUCAGCUCUCAGCCUUGCUAGGGGAGACAACGACGGUGCAGGAAGUUCAGAAAACUGUGCAGGAAAUCAAGAAAACUGUCGCAGCGCUUUUAUUGACCAGAAGCAGGAUCAUGCUUCCGAAGGUGGACGAACAAGCCAUAUUCCGUUUGCAAGAUCUCAAAGACAAGCAGGGUCCCAAUUGGGCUCAGGUAGGUUCGGAACAGCUCGGUGCAGUCUUGCACGUACUGUUGCUCAUAUAUUUUUGUCUGCGUUGAAACAGCACUUCAAAUGCGUCGCCGAGGGAGACGCCAGGUGCGCUGCAGAUAGACGCCUGUCGCCUUUCCAUCAGCACUUCACCUUUACCGCUCCUGAUGGCAGUCUGCGACACUUCUAUGCGCCUCAAAUACUAGCUGUGAACGGCGAUUCAGGCAUUCGGGAGAUCCUUCGCCUCUUCGAUCAUGUGGAGAAAGACGACCUCUGGGUCGGCCCAGGGGAAGUGAUGAAAAACAGCAGUCAGGUCUAUCAGGAAAGGCAUAGGGACUUUUCUGAGACAGACAAAGCUAGCCAAUUUUCGUUGAAGCUCGUACAACCAUUUGCGAAAGUUGAGAACAACUCAUUAGCUUUCAAAUGGAGGGUCAAUACCGCAGUCACCGGACCGGUCAGGACUCACUUCAACAAGCUGGAUAUGUUUGCAGAAUCAUCGCUGAUUAUGUCCAACAGGGACAAAGUGUCGAGUCCUUUGCCACUUGCCGAAGAGAAGAACGGAGCAGAGGGUGGGAAAGAUAUCGCACUCGUCGAGGGCGACCGUGCUACUCGGGAGUCCUAUGCAGAAGGACUAUUUAUGAAUGACGUCCAUCAAAUGGAAGAGAUUCAAUCAUGGGUCCUGACCGGUGAUAUCCGUCGGCACUUGACUUUGCUGGGCUUCGCGAGCUUCGCUUUCGAACUCCUGUUUGGACUUGCCAGUGGACCAUGUGAGAGAUUCGAAAACCCAUCCUACAAUUUGAUUCGUCAGCUCACGACCCUCUUGCUUGGUUCAGUAUUGUUGCUAUACUGGCUUACCCGCAGAACGUCAUACGGACUGUCCGGUGCCGCCGCUGUACUGGACUUGGUGACGCAAUUCUUCGUGGAUUCAUCCGUCUUCGGAUUUGAGAUGUCGUUGAAAGCUGGUAGCUUCUCGUUGGAAACCCAAGAUCAUCCGAUCCUCCAAAAUAUCACCGGGGCGAUCCUCCCUUCGCUCGUUGCAGCUUCAUUCAACAUUCUACAAGCUUUCAGAACUUUCCGCAUCACGUUUGCUCCUUGGAGACGCUCAAAAUGGGUCGAGUGGAGCAAGACGCAUCACAGCAUCCCUUACACUGCUGGAGUAAUUGGUCAACGCAAAGCCGAUCAGGCCGAAGGACGCAAUGCGAGGCUGGACCUGCCAUACGCGAAAGUAUUCAUCCUCACACUCGGGUUGUUCGUCGUUCACGAUUUCCUUGGCAAUAUUGAGCUCACGACGUCCAGAGGCUACCCAAAGGGCUACUUCUCGGCAGAUCAUCCUCCUCAUCUCGGUCAGCUGGCAGGCCAGAUGCACAGAAACGCCAACGCUCCAGCCGUGAAGAAGCACAUGUGGCUCGCGUUCGAGACGCUCUCGACGUCUUGCGGAAGUGCCGCCACGAUCUGCCAAUUGCUGCUCAACUCCAAGACCAAGACGUACAAUGGCACAUUUCGCAUCACAGCUCUGCUGAGCGCUACACAGCUGCUCCUCAACUGGCUUCAUGCCGCCUUUACAGCUGAGAACGUCGCACCGUACACUGUGAGUCAGGUUCCAUCAGCACCUUUAACGGUUCAGCUCGCUCAUUCUCUCUUUGUCACUUUGGCAGGUCAGGUGCAUCGUCGCCGACGGCAUGAUUCUGACAGGUUUCCUGCAAGCUGUAAUCUACAGGGGCGCGCGCCAAGAGGUGCACGUGGAAGAGCUCGAAGAAUGA